AUGGCCAUUCGUUUCACGGUGAACAAGUUUCCGUUAGAUCCGGAGUCGCGCGACGCGACGGGUCUCCCGUGGGGUUGCGUCGUCCAACCAUUCGCUCUGGAUGACGAAGCGGGAAUCCCGGGAAGCGGCGUCGCGGCUAGCGUCGGCACCGGCGGAAGCAGCAUUCGAAAAUCGUCUUCUAAUUCCUCUUUCCCGCGCUUCGGCUCGUCGUCGUCUCUUAAUUCCGCGUCUGGUGCCACAGCUCUGCAACCGCUUCCCGCUGCGCUUUCCCCCGCGCCGCUUCCGCUGGCCGAUGACGUGGCGAGAUGCGAGGAUUGCUACGCGUAUAUCAAUCCGUACUGUGCGAUCGAUCGGUUUUCCUGGCAGUGCUCGCUGUGCGACGUCGUGAAUCCGUUCAGCGACGCGGAGCUGCGUCGUUACGGCGGAUCGAACGUCGCAGACGUCGCAGAGCUGUCGCACACGCUCGUCGAGCUGGACGUUGCCGCGGAGGGCGACGCUGACGAAGUGGAAUUCGAACAAGGAGAAUCGCAGGGCGACGGAGAGGUCGCGGGUUCGAUUCCCCACGGGUUGGGAGAGCCAAUCAGCAGCUGCCACGUGUUGGACGAAACGGAGAUUCGCAAGCGGCCAGUGUACAUCGCCAUGGUUGACGUGUCAGGCUCAGAGGAGUUUCUGGAACUCGUUAAGAGCUCGCUGCUGGCCGCCUUAGAAGCACUUUCGCCUGCUGCACUGUUCGGGCUGGUUACAUUCGGAAGCAAGGUGAGCGCUUCACGGUCGUACAGACCCACCAAGUCGGUCUGUACGACCUGCAGGGCCCCGUAG